AAGAGCUGUGCUCAAUCCCAGAUUUCAAGGGCAGCGUAGAAACUUCAACGAGAAUGAAACUUCACGGCUCAGCAGAUAUCAUGAGUUUCAAGACCAGAGCGCUUCGAUCACUCUUACUAGUCUUGGUUCUCUCUCUAGCCAUUGCCUUCAUGGCUUCGGCAUCGUCACAGGGCAUCGAUUUCAGCUUCCAAACUUUCAACAAUGAUAGGAUUCAACUCCUAGGCGAUGCGUCGGUUUCGCGCGACUCCAUCCAACUUACAAAAGCCUUUGUAGACCAGAACCUCCAUGGGAGCACGGGGUGGGCCACGUACCACCAGCCGAUGCACCUUUGGGAUAAGGCGACUGGGAACGUGGCGGAUUUCACCACCCAAUUCACCUUCGUCAUCAAUUCUCAAGGACACACGGAAUUCGCUGAUGGAAUGACCUUCUUUCUUGUCCCCAAUGGGUCUCAACUCCUGCUCAACUCAGGCGGAGGCAGCUUGGCUGUUGUGGAUCAAGAUCGCGACCCUUCCAACUCUUCUGCAUGGUUUGUAGCUGUCGAGUUCGACACUUUCUACAACCUAGGGUUUGACCCGGAUUGUCCACAAGCUGCACAUAUCGGUAUAGACAUGAAUAAUCUCAAUUCCACGAACUAUAGCUGCGUCGAUUGGUUUGAGGAUAAAAUCAUGAGCGGUGGGCAGAUCAACGCAACGAUAACGUACAAUUCUAGCACACAAAACUUGAGCGUUCUCAUAAUAGACGCCAAUGCCACGGGUACCAAUAUAAAUUCCUCUACUAUCAAUUACAGAGCCAACUUAACUGAGUAUUUGCCGGAGUGGGUGACUUUCGGUUUCUCGGCUACCACAGCUUGGAAUUUCGAGUUGCACACUCUUAAGGCAUGGGAAUUCAGCUCUACUGUGCAAGUGGCUGAAGCAAAUAAUUCGAUUCCAGCAAAUGGUACAGAUGCAUCACCAAAGAGCAAGUUAUGGCUAUGGUCUAUCUUAGGCUCUAGUUCUUUCAUUUUGCUCAUUCUUGUUGUAGCCUUUAUUUGGUUUCGUCAACAUUUGAAGAGAAAGAGAACUUACACGAGUGGAGAAGAAGAUGAUGCGGCGAUCGAAGAAGAAUUCGAGCAAGUGUCGGGGCCCAAGAAAUUCUCCUACAAGGACUUGAUCGCAGCAACCGAUAAUUUCGCAGUGGAACGGUUGCUUGGGGAAGGGGGCUUUGGGAGAGUGUACGAAGGUUACUUAACCAGCAUGAAUGCUAGUGUCGCAAUCAAGAAGAUUAGCCCAGGGUCAAGACAAGGGAUAAAGGAGUAUGCCACCGAAGUGAAGACCAUAAGUCGGCUCCGGCAUAGAAACUUAGUGCAACUCAUUGGGUGGUGUCACGAGAAAAAGCAACUCCUCCUUAUCUAUGAGUUCAUGUCUAAUGGUAGUCUCGAUUCUCAUCUAUUCAAAGAACAAACCUUCUUGCCUUGGGAGAAGCGGUACAAAAUUGCGCAAGGCAUAGCCUCGGCAUUGCUUUACCUCCAUGAAGAAUGGGAACAAUGUGUCCUGCACCAGGAUAUAAAAUCUAGUAAUAUCAUGCUCGAUUUUGAUUUCAAUGCUAAAUUAGGAGACUUUGGUUUGGCUAGGCUAGUUGACCAUGACAAAGGGUUACAAACGACGGUGUUGGCAGGAACUAGGGGCUAUAUGGCUCCUGAAUGCGUUUACACGGGCAAAGCAAGUAGGGAGUCAGACGUCUAUAGCUUCGGAGUUGUCUUAUUAGAAAUAGCUUGUGGAAGAAAAGUCGUUGAGCCAAGGGUCGAGGAAGGCCAAGUUUGGCUGGUGGAUUGGGUUUGGGAGCUAUACGGGACCGAGAGAUUACUUGAUGCGGCAGACUCGAAACUUGGUACCGAUUUCAAUGAAAUGCAACUAGAGUGCUUAAUGGUUGUAGGGCUGUGGUGCACUCAUCCGGACCACACUGCUCGUCCUUCCAUAAGAAAAGCAUUUAGCGUUCUCAACUUCAACGAUUCACCGCCCCUUCUCCCAUUAAAAUUGCCAAUCCCUACUUACCAGGUACCUCUAUCCACAUUCUCUACAACAUCAAUUGUUACGUCUUAUGCCACCAAGACCAAUGACAUCGAAGUGUCCACAUUUACUGCCUUUUCUAUACAAUCGUCUCAUCCAGAUUUCUCUGCAUUGCUCCCAAAUACAAUAUAAUCCACUUCAUUCAAUAAAAUCAGUUUGAAUUGUAAUUUGAGAUUUGAUUCGGAUAUCAUCAACUCCAUAUGUAUUUCUUCAUAUGUACCGCAAUAUUAAUCCUUCAUGUUUAGACUUCCAUUUGAUCUCCAGGAUUAGGUAAGGUAGUAUGUAUCUUCUUUGAUAGUUUA